AUGCUGGCACAGCAGCUCGCCCGGGACAUGAGCAGCAACGAGGUGGGCACGGACCACUUGAUCCUGGGACUCAUAGCCGAAGCCUCCAACAAGCCGUCGGCGGGCAGCCUGGCGACGCAUGUACAGCUGGAGGAUGCCAAGGCCGCGGUGAAGGGCAUGCACAGCAGAUCCCGCAGGCGACCCCCCCCCAACGAGCUUCACUUCACCCGGGACGCCAGGCGGGUCUUCUCCGUCGCACUCCAGGAGUCGCAGCGCAUGGGCAUGUCCUUCGUGACCCCGGACCACCUGGUGCUGGGCAUGGUGGGUUGCAGGGACGACGCCGCGCUGCGCCUGCUGCGCGCGCUGCGCCUGGACCCACGGCGCAUGGUGGCCGAGGCGCUGGGGCGCCUGCGGGACCAGGCCGUGGAGGAGGGGACGCAGCGUGCGCGGCGCGGUGUGUUCUGCCGCGAGGCCGAGAUCGCCAGGCUGAUGCAGGUGCUGGCCCGGCGCCGCAAGAGCUGCCCUGUGCUCCUGGGCGAGGCCGGUGUGGGCAAGACGGCCAUCGUGGAGGGGCUGGCCCGCUGCAUCGCCACGGGGAGCGGCGGCCUGGCAGGCCAGCCCCUGCCCCUGUUUCUGAAGGGCAUGCGCGUGCUGAGCCUGGACCUGGCCCGCCUCAUGGCCGGCACACGUGAGCGCGGCGAGCUGGAGGCGCGGCUCACGGGGCUGGUGGCCGAGGCUGGCGCCGCGCCCGACGUCAUCCUGUUCGUGGACGAGAUCCACCAGCUGGUGGGCGGCGGCGCGGCGCUGGCAGGCCGCGGCGGCAUGGGCGGCGGCGGCGGCCCAGACCUCGCCGCGCUCUUCAAGCCGGCGCUGGCGCGGGGGCGGCUGCGUUGCGUCGGGGCCACCACGGAGCGCGAGUUCCGGCGCCACUUCGAGCGCGACCCUGCCCUGGAGAGCGCGCUGGAUGUGUUGGACGAGGCCGGCAGCCUGGUGCGGGUGCUGAAGCACCGCGCGCGCCGCGCGCGGUGCGAGGAGGAGACCGAGGCGCGCGCCGCCGCGCACGCGGGAUACCUGGAGGUCCUGGCCACGGCGCGCGACUGCGCGGCGGCGGGACACUACGAGGAGGCCGGCCUGCUGGCGAGGCGCCGCGGCGAGCUGGAGGCAAGGCUGGGCGGCGAGGCGAGGCGGGACCCGGUGCUGCCGCGCGUGACGCCGGAGCACGUCGCGCGCGUCGUCAGCGCCGCCACCGGCGUGCCCUUCGAAGAGCUCGACCGCAUAGUAGGGCAGGACGCCGCAUGCCAGGCCGCGGCGCGGGCGCUGACUAGGUCGGGCGCGGGGCUGCGUGAUCCCGGCAGGCCCCAGGCCGGGCUCCUCUUCGUCGGCCCCCCUGGCUGCGGCAAAGGCCUGCUGGCCGAGGCGUUGGGCGAGCGCCGUUUCGGCGGCAGCGUGCUGCGCCUGGACAUGAGUGAGUGCGGCCAGCGGCACAGCGUGUCGCGGCUGCUGGGCGCGCCCCCGGGAUACCAGGGGCGCCGGCCCCACUCCCUGGUCAUCCUGGACAGCAUCGAGAAGGCGCACCCGCACGUGCUCAACCUCCUGCUCCAGAUCCUGGAGGACGGAAGGCUGGCGGAUGGCAGUGGGCGCCAGGUGUCGUUCAGGCAGACGGUGGUGAUCCUGAUUAGCACCUCCCACGAAGCCUCGGGCCGGGGCGGCCUCGGCUUCGAGCCGGCACCUGCCUCCCAGGCCGAGGCCGAGGCUGCCGCCGCCCAGCGUGCGCGGCGUGAGAUCCUGGACAGCCUCAAGGCGAGCUAG